AUGGCAGAAACAAAGAGUAGAAAGCCUGCGAACACUGCGUUUAAGCAACAACGUCUCAAGGCUUGGCAGCCACUUCUCACACCAAAAACCGUUCUCCCGACUUUAUUUGCGGCUGGUAUCGUGUUUGCUCCCUUGGGCGGACUAUUCUUGUAUGAGAGUGAUACGGUAAAUGAAAUCGUUAUCGAUUACACAGACUGUGCAAAACAGACUGGAACUGCAGCUACCGUUUUGGGAGACAACCUAUUUAGUUACAAAUUUACUUCUGAAAACACAACUGUCAUUCGUGCUCCCAGCUAUCGACUCGUAAAUGCCACUACAUACCUUAACCAGCAACCCGUAGCAGAAGGCGACACUCUUCAACGUUGCAUCAUCGAGUUCUCCAUUCCAAUGCCUCUCAAUUCCCCCAUCUACCUCUAUUAUAAAAUGACCAACUUUUACCAGAAUCAUCGUAAAUAUGUCAAAAGUCUGAGUUACAGUCAACUCCAUGGCGAGAAGAUUACUCCCGGAGAAGCUACAACAUCAUGCUCGCCAAUGGGUGUUGAUCCCAAUGGAAAGAUAUAUUACCCCUGUGGUUUGAUUGCCAAUUCCAUGUUUAACGAUUCUUUUAGUGCACUGACUCUGCUGAACCCUCAAGGUGGAAGUGCGAACAAUAUCACAUAUGUUUUUAAUGAAAAGGGUAUCGCAUGGCCUUCUGAUGCUUCUCGAUUUGAAAAGACAUCAAUGUCAUUAGACGAAAUUACUCCUCCUACCAAUUGGGCCAAACGAUUCAAUAAUGCCUACACAGCAGAGAAUCUUUUUGACCCAAAAGAGGAUGAGCAUUUCCAGGUCUGGAUGCGUACUAGUUGGUACCCGACCUUCCGCAAAUUGUAUUCACACUAUGAGGGUGAAACUCUGCAGGCAGGCACAUACUCUGUUCAGGUUGAUCUCAACUAUGACAUUACUGCCUAUGGUGGUACAAAAUCUAUUGUCCUGACCGGAACCUCAUUCCUUGGUGAUCGCAACUCAUUUAUGGGCUUGGCUUAUAUCAUUAUGGGUUGCAUCUGCGCCUUUCUUGGAGUCGUAUUCCUCGGAUGGCACUUCUUUAAACCUAGAAAACUUGGUGACCACGAUAGACUUUCUUGGAACCAGGCUUCGGGUGCUAAUCGUUAA